AUGGCAAAGAAUUACAUGGGGCCUUCUCAAUAUCCCAACUACUACCUAAGCCUUUUCGCUUCCUAUCCGGACGUCGUGAAGAGAAGCGCAGUCCGCUCGACUGUGUCGGCUGUGCUCGCUGUGAUGGCUCCUGAUGCUUCCCCGCUCCGGAUCAUGGUGUUCAUGGUGGUGGAAGGGGUGCUCUGGCGUCCGCUCAUUGGCGUCGCCCUCGAGAUCCUCAACCUCGCUCGUGUCGAUACCGAGCACCUCGCGCUCGACCUUCUCGUGCUCGAGCUUUGCGCGCUCCUGCUCCAUACAGAGGCGGGAGUACUUCGACUUGGCUCGAAUCUGGGGUCCCCAGAAAAAGGCAGCGAAGGGAACAAGGGCAAGCACGGCAGCGAUACCUCCCAUCAUGACGAGCGCCCAUCGCACCGUGAGGCGCUCGAACAUGAGCGUCGUGCAGAAGGUGAAGAUACCGGCGACAACAUUGCGACAGGAGCUCUGCGCCGCAAUCGCACUCGACGCCCAGGUGCCGUACGCCUCGGACAGGUGCGUGAAGGAUGUGAUGUAGAUGCUCAUAAUGGCGGCGAGGAGGAUGGCAACGCCGAUGAGCGGCGCGAUCCAGUGCACGGUCGGAAUGCUCGUGAAGCCAGUGAUGAAGCAGCCGACGAAGAAGAGGAUGCCGGCGACCAUGGGGGCGUAGAGGCGCGCCUCGACGCCGUGCUUCGGCGCUUGGCGGCGGUACACCUUCUCCUGGAUCCAGUUGAUGCCGAGGCCGAGGAUGCCGCCGACGCAAAUGGCCCAGUAUGUCUGGCCGACCGCGAGGGUCGAAAAGCCGAAAGUGUGUCGGAACAUAUACGGCAGACCUGCAAUUUGGGUGUAGAAGACACCCCAACCAAGUCCGAUCCAGGCCGAGAAGAACAUGACAACAGGCUCCGUGGCGAGGAACAGCAGGGGGCGGAGGAGCGACUCGCGCAUCGCGACGCUGAACUUGACCUUGGUCACCUCGCUGCGGGCGAGGUAUCGGGCUCCGUCGGACGUGCCGCGCGUCUUGCGCAGCUGCUUGGCCUUGCGGCGGAGAAUGACCGUAUCGCGGGUCUCGACCAUGACGAACGCGACGACGGGGAUGAACACGCCGACAAUGAUGAACUGGAUCCACCACACCCAGCGCCAGCGCAGGCGCUGGUCAACCUCGACAAACACCAUUGUCGAUCCACCAAGUCCCGUUCCGAAGAUGGCCGCGAAACCGAACGCAGCCAUAGGCACACCGCGCUGGCUCGGGACGAAGAUGUCGGAAAUCGUGCCGCCAACAAGCGUCGCUCCCAGGCUUCCGCUGAGGCCGAGGAUGAAGCGGGAGAUGAGAAUUGUGGCCGUGUUCUGCCCCAGUGUCAUCAUCAGGUGGAAGAUCCAGAACACAAUAACAGCACUGAUGUACGUCCACUUGCGUCCGAGCUCCUCGGACAGCGGCGCGAGGAACAGCGGGGCAAAGGCGAAGCCCCAGCAGUAGAGCGCGAUACCAGCCUCAACUUCGAGCUGCGAGCACCCGAGGUCGUCGCACAUCGUGCCCGCCGAGAUCGAGAACGCCGAAGUCGUGUACGCCGAAAUCAGGGUGUAGAACACGGCCACAAAUGUGAUACCCAGUUUGCGCGGGAGGGGGAAGUAGAACGGAUUCUCCUUCGAGCCCGCCGGGAAGUCGACCCAGAUCACACGCUCCUCCUUCCCCUCCUCGUCCUUUGGCAUGUAUCCAUAGGAGCAGCCUUCUGGUAA